UUCCGGCGUGACCGCAGCGCCACCCUUGUGUUUUUCGUUUUACAAUUUGUUUCUAUGUUUUGUAAUAGAAAAAAAUAAAAACAUUGAAAAAAAUAGUUCGUGCGGUGCGUAUUUUUAUUUUGUGGUUUUAAGUAUACUUUCUGCUAAUUAGUGUAUAAAAUAAGUGUUAUAUGGCGGUGUGAGGAAAUUCAUGAUAAACGUCGGAUUACAUUUCCCGCAAUAACAAAAGACAUUAUUUCUUCUUCUAUCUUGUAAGUGGACGGAUUACAGAAGUUAAUUUCGUAACCAGAUCUUAAACUGAAACAAUGCUGAAAAAAGUUGACCGCGGCGGGGCGAUGAGCGCGAGCACGCGGCGGGCGCGCGCGGGGGCGGGCGCGGGGCUGCGGACGGGCGACUCCACGCCCGGCUCCGACGUCGGCGAGAUCACGCGCCUCUUCCCCAAGUGCCGCCCCAGGAACAGCCAGCACCAGCACGAUAGGUUAGUCGUGGGCGUGGGCGUGGGCGUUGGCGUGGAGGGCCGCGAGAUGAACGCCGUUAAUAACGCGUCCUCGGACGAGGAGCGGGCAGCGGAUAGCCAGCUCGUCAUACUCAACUCCAAGGGAGGUGCCUACAAGUUGAGAGACUCAAGAAUAAUCGAGAUUGCGGGCGGUCGCGAGGUGUACUCGCAGAGCCGCACAAAGGCAGCUCGCAAGCUGCGGCACAGCGCCACGCACAAACACAAUCUGCGCAACAAGCGCGCUCCACACAACAUCAACGAAGACUACACAGACAAUCUCAAUAAUGAGAUAUCUCUACACAGAAUUAUCAAUGAGCCGAAAAAAAUGAUAUCACGUCACACUUCCCCAACGUACACGAACGGAGAUAGGGAAGCAAUCAUAGACAAUACGAUGGGCAUCCCUAAGAAUAGCUCGCCUAUACUGGACCCGCACAAGACCACUGAUGUCAGUGCAAAGAGCAGCCCCAUCGCUGUUGUGGCUGACGGGGAGGUGAUGGUCUUUGAUGAUAAUGACGACUGGAAAGUGAUAUUGAAUUCUGUGUCCCUAGGUUUGAGGAUGGACCCGGACGUUAGUGACGAUGAUAUAGACACGAGUGUUAAGCGAACUUUAGACUGUAUGAAGAACGGUGAUGGUGAUGUGAACAAUAAGAGUGAACUGAGUGAGGGCAGUGAGUCUUCGCCCUCUGGCAGCCCGGGCACGUGGCUGUCGGGGGACGAGGGCGGCAGGGAGGGGAGGGUGACGCGGGUCAUAGGGGAGCUACCUAUCGCGGAGUACGAGGGUUCACCCCGCAGGUACGGGGUCGGCAGCCAGAAGACUAGCAACAGAUCGCCGAGACCCGGCUUCCCACAGAGGGUGGUGACGGAGAGCCGCGGAGAGUCCCCGCCGGUCAGUUCCGCUUUCGACUACCUGUAUGAGUUCUCGGAGACGCGCAAAGUGCUGGAAGAGUUCUUCCGCUGCCCCGCCGCACCAGGACACACGCAGCUCGCCGCCAACGACGACAUCGUCAACUUCCAGGACUUGGAGUAUGAGCUGCGACGGCAGACACAAGAUUGUCCAUCAGAGAACGGUGUGGAGGAGGGUAGCGAGACAGACUGGCCCCAACCUGACCAGCUCGAUGGACUCGACUCCCCCCACGCGCCGCACAACCACACCAACUUCCUUGGCCUGCAGCAACAAACGUCACGAUACACGGCGCCAGAUGUGUCAGCGCUACGAGCAGGUCCCCUCGACAGCGGCUCCACGUCCCCCGCUCCCAGGACAUCGUUACGAGACUUACGUGACAUGCGUGAUACACGUGACGCACGUGACACACGUGAUGUACGCGAUUUACGUGAUGCCAGAGACCCUCGCGAUUUGAGGGACUUGCUGGAGGCUCGUGAUCACGGAUCGCGUGAACGACUCCCUUUCGCCCUGUCGUCGGCUGCCAGCGACUCGGCCAGCGACCUCUCACUGGCCAUCAUGGAGAGUGAACUCUCCGAAAUGAAAGUGCAACUGGACUCUAACCGUGUUGUGGUGACACACCUGCCGGUAGUGGAGGACGGCCUCUCCUCCGGACACGCCUCCGACACUGACAAUAAUAAUCAGAAUUCAUCGGUAAUAAUAGAGGAAAUAGUGGAGAAUGGAACAAUUUCUGAUCCGCUCAUACUGUCCGACGCUGAUCUACACUCGCUGGAUCCUUUAGCCUGUUCAGGUCCGCCGCCGCCCGCACCCGCGCCGCACCGGCCGCCCGCAGAGCACGCCGUGCUGCCCACGCACGCGCCUCACGCACCUCAUGUGCCCCACGUGCCCCACGUGCCUCACGCGCCGCACGUGCCCCACGCGCCGCACGUGCCUCACGCCGCGCACGGCACGCACACGCCGCACAUACACGCCGCACACGACGACGUUUACCCACGUAAGAGGCCGUCGUCAGCGCAGAGCACAGAGUCAGUCGAGAUCAAACAGGCGAGCGGCGACGAAGACGAAGCGGACACCGAUCUGGAGACUGACAGGCUGCUGGGCCAGCAGAGGACGGAUGAUCAGGGAUUCUUUGAUGAUAAAGGCUGGCGCAAGCCCAAGUCCCGUACGGUGAUGCCGGCGGGCGGGGUGGCUGGCGGGGCUGGGGGCGGGGCCGGGGGCGCGGCGGGGGCGUGCGCGGGCGCGGGGGGCGGGCGCUCGCCGCGCUCGCUGGCCUCGCACGACGCCGCCAAUGAGGAUGUGCUGCAUGCAGCCAAGGACAAAGAUGGCAAGAAGAAAACAAAAAAUAAAGAAGGUGAGUACAGUAUGUUUAAUUGUCCACUAUUAUUAACAAAUAAAACCCGUACAUUUUUAAGUAUGAGACUGCGGGAGUGUGAGGAGGUUAGCGGUGGGUGUUUGCCGGUGGCGCAGUGGGGCUGCGAGGGGCCGUACUCGGGCGUGUACGCGGCGCCCGCGGCCGUCUUUCGCCUCGCCUUCCUCGGCUCCGUCGAGGUGGAUGAGGACUCACGCCGCAGGAAGAAGAGGCCCAAAAAGAACAUGGUGGAGGAGGCCGUCACUAAAAUCAAGGCUUUGGCUCCCGAAGGUGAGAACCAGCCGAGUACAGAAGUGGACUUGUUCAUAUCUACGGAGAAGAUAAUGGUCCUAAACACGGAACUGAAGGAGAUAAUGAUGGACCACGCGCUUAGGACCAUCUCAUACAUAGCGGAUAUAGGAGAUCUGGUUGUGCUCAUGGCUAGGCGGAGGUUCGUUCCACACGAGAACGAUUCCGAUCAACCGAAACUGAACCGUACUCCAAAGAUGAUAUGUCAUGUUUUCGAAAGUGAAGAGGCCCAAUUUAUAGCUCAAUCGAUUGGACAAGCAUUCCAAGUGGCAUACAUGGAAUUCCUUAAAGCCAACGGCAUCGAAGACCACAGCUUUGUCAAGGAAAUGGACUACCAAGAGGUUCUCAACAGCCAGGAGAUCUUCGGCGACGAGUUGCAGAUGUUCGCCAAGAAGGAGCUACAGAAGGAAGUAGUGGUACCCAAGGCCAAGGGUGAGAUCCUGGGCGUGGUGGUGGUGGAGUCCGGCUGGGGCUCAAUGCUGCCCACAGUGGUGAUCGCCAACCUAGCGCCGGCCGGGGCUGCGGCAAGAUGCGGACAACUUAACAUAGGAGAUCAAAUAAUAGCGAUAAACGGUGUAAGCUUAGUAGGGCUGCCGCUGUCGACAUGUCAAACCUACAUAAAGAACUCCAAGAACCAGACAGUGGUGAAACUGACGGUGGUGCCGUGCGCGCCCGUAGUCGAGGUCAAGAUAAAACGGCCAGACACUAAGUACCAGCUCGGAUUCAGUGUGCAGAAUGGAGUGAUUUGUAGUUUGCUGCGCGGCGGUAUCGCGGAGCGCGGCGGCGUGCGCGUCGGCCACCGCAUCAUAGAGAUAAACGCGCAGAGCGUGGUGGCCGUGCCGCACGAGCGCAUCGUCAACCUGCUCGCCACCUCCGUCGGCGAGAUAUUAAUGAAGACGAUGCCUACGUCAAUGUUCCGGCUGCUGACCGGCCAGGAGAACCCCGUGUUCAUAUAAGUGCGCGUUCGCCGCCGAUACAAAGUGCCUGCUUACCUCACGCCCCGCCCCGCCCUCGCCCUCGCCCUCGCCCCGCCCCACGACAGCUGGGCCACGCCCCACACGCCCACACGCCGCACAACACAUAACGUAGCAAAAAAAAUUCUAAAUCGACUAUUUUUAUUACCAUUUGUUUAAUAAAAUCAAAUACCAUGACGUCAUGUUCUUUUUUCAAACCAUUUCAAUUCACGAAUCUCUUUUUCAGUAGUUUUUGAAUCAAGUAUGUAACCAGAAAUUUAUCCAAAAUCUCGACUGUAAUUUAAAUAUGCCUACGAAAACAAAAAAAAAUCCCGCCUUGAUUCACCUUGAAUUCGAUGAAAUGUCUACGGUAAAAGGAACAUUAUUUUUGUAUCUGAUAUUCCUAACAUUUUUAUAUCUAUACAAGAGAUAUUGGCUCGGCUGUCGGUACAUACUCUAUGACACCACGUCAGUCCAGAACUGCUUACAAUGCUUACUUGGCUAAAAUAAGUUAGUUAUAAGUAUUAUAUCGCCCUUAGAUAUGUAUUUGUACUUGCUAUCAUUUAUUUAUCUUUUUAAUUUAAACUGCAUUAAUAAAUAGAAUAGUAAUAAAAUGCGUUUAAUAGUUAAUGGACAUAGAAAUUUAAUCCAACAAAAGGCGUUCUGAGGCCUUUUUACCGAACUUUUGUGCUCCGGUUUAGGUAAAUUAUUUUAACUUUAUUUUUAUUUAAGUCUUUUUAAAAGCAGUAUAUUUAAUUAAAAAAACCUGCUUACUUCUUUUAUUAUUUUAUUGCUCUCUAUGUAAGCCUUGUCGUUUUAUUUGAUGCGCGGUUUACACUUCGCCAGUACAGUUAGUCAGUAGCGCUCUGAUUAGACGUUCAAUUAACUGGCAGAGUGUGAACGCUAACAGAGGCCAAUUAGUGUCGCUUACCGUUGCAAUUGUACUGGCCAUGUGUGAACCGGGCAGGAGUCUGUUAUUUUUUGACAGAUGUGUCAAAGAGCAAAUAGCAAGUGCAAAUGCAUUGAAACAAUAAUCAUGUUCAUUGUCAAAUAUUCCUUGAUAAAUAUUGAUUGUAUGUGUAAAUUAAUAUAAAACCCACUCAUAUCUGCUUAGGUAUUAUACUAUAUUAACUAAUUAUCUGCCAUCUAUGUAUUAAAAUAAGUGGACAAUAGUGGAGAUCGUCUGAAUAUUAUAAGUGUCUUUAGCACGCCAUGUUUGCCAUAGAUAAUCUCGAUUUUUGUGCGUUAGUCUUUAAGUAUUUAGUUAAAAUUGUUGCCAUAUUAUUUUUUAAUUUUAACUACUAAGUUUUCGCAUCUUAUCGUCCAUGCAUUCUUUAAUACCAUUCCAUUUUAGUUUAUUAUUUUGUUAAUACAUUUUUAUUUAUUGUAAAAUUUUAGUCGAUGUUUUAUAUCAUUAAAAACAUAGUUCAAAAUCAUAUGCUAAUUAAGAUGUAUAGCUGAACAGAUUCAGUCUAUUGAAAUUUCUACAAUGUCGACAACAGCAAAAUAUGAACCAUUAAAUACAUAACGUAUGGUAACAUUGUUCAUUGUCCGCAAGUUGUCGACAUUGGGAGAGAUUCAAUACUGCCAAUAUUAAAAUAUAUCUGCCCUUUAAAAAGUAAAUUUAAAUAUACGCCGCCUCCAUGAUAUAGCGAGCGCGGAAAGUGAUCAUAUUUAAUAAAAAAUGAAUUGAUUAGUAGAUAUUAAUAAAAAAAAAGCAUUAUUUCGUGUAGCGUUUCAAAAGAUAUGUCAUAUUUUGUAAAUUUUAUAGUGUGGCUAUAGCAUUACUAUAUAAUCUAUAUCAAUAUAUGUACUGUUCUUAGCUAAGCUUAGCGCUCUGAGGACGAGUCUUUGUGUUUAUUUAUAUAAAAAGAGUAAAAAAAAUUGAGUGUCUGUAACUCGUACGUAACCUUACGGAAAGUUGCUUCUUUCUUCUCAUAUGCUUUCCCAAUGUGUAGGUAUUUAUUUCUCUUUUUAAGAAAGGUCUAUAAUCUCAUAUAAGGCCAGUGUUGACUUGUGUACAAGAACUAAUCUUAAUAUUAUUGUUAAAGUACACAUUACUUCACAUUCCAUUUGAGAUAUUGUAUUUUUUUUAUAAAUUGUUGGCCAAUGUUUAAAAUAAGAUCGUCAAAUGUCACUAAUACUAAAUCUCAAAAAAACUAUUGCAUUUUAUCCUGUUUAAGAACUGUUAAAUGACGUCACGUCUUCACUGGUCUGUCCUAUUACCGUACCUCACGCUCAUUUGUCUUAAAACAUCUCGUCUCUUUCAUUCUCGUUGAAAAGAAAGAGACAGAUGUUUUAACAUGUUUUGGAACGGAAUUUCUCGUUUAUUUCGUGAUCUGUGUACGUUCAAGUUGUAUGUAGAUACUAUAUGUAAUCUGAUGUGUAAUUUUAUAUUGCUAGCUGUUGUGAAUAAGAUUUAUUUACAUUAAAAACCCACAGAUAAUAAAUAGCGUUUAUCGAAAGCUGGUACAUACGGUAGGUGACACUGUAACAUGUGAAAUAACUAUUGUUGUUCUCAUUUCUAAGAGUAUUAUUCUAGUCUGCAUUAAAGUUAAGAAUAAACUGAACAAACUUAUAAA